AACCUGGCUCAUCGGUGGUUUAGUUGGUUUGGUUUAGUUGUUGUAGGUCGUAGCAUAAAACCUCAUGAAACGCAUUCUCAUUUGGGUCGUCAGAAACAGUCAGUGAGUGUGUGAAGGAGGCAGCAAAAUUUGAUACGAAAUUGUUGCAAUUUGCUAGCUCUGACAGCACCGCAACCGAACUGUUAAUUAUUUAAAGUGCAAAGUUUUGGUUUCAAGUGAUAAGCAAAAAGCAGUGUGUUGAUUAUUUAGAGUAUAGUUACACGACAGUCAAUGCUAAUGGUUAACGUCGCAGGUCUCAAGGAAAAAAUGCUUCGGUUUCAAAUACCGAACGAACUGAAGGACGAUCUCGUGUACUGCCAGCGAUCCCUACGUCAUUUCGUUAAAGUACACCAGCUGUUGGCCGCAAAACUAUCCAAUGGGUUGAAUCAGAGUCAGAUGAAUAAACUGAAAGGCUACCUGCUCGAGCUGGAAGCAGAAAUGGUUGAAAUCGGCAACGAGCAGCGCCCGCUAGUUCAAGAGCUGGACAAACUGAUUGGAUGCUAUCUCAAGCAGCUGGCAAGCUCAGAACUGCUAGAGGACGACCGGGAGAUCGCCUACGGGUACGUGACCCGGGCCCUGUCCGUUCACUAUGAGAUGUCCUUUAACACCAAGUAUACGCCGAGAAAUGUGACCGAACGGUUGAACGAAGCACAGCUGGUGCACAAGUACGAACUCGCCUCCUUCGAUGAUCCGCGCCCCAAGAAGGAAAAGGACGAGUCUCGCAGUAGCACCAGCUGCUCGAUUUCGCCAACUUCAAUCUACCAGAGCAACCAGAAGCAGAUCUCGUUGCUCAAGCCGAAAGAAGAACGUGUCGCUCCGAAAGGUUCCAACGCAGUUCCACCCUUCAACAAUAUUACAUUCUCCAAUGCCAAAAGUCUCGUCAACGAAGCAGCUUUGCGCCAGAUAGCUCCGGAAUCGAUCGUAGUUCCGAAGAAACUGAUUCGGACUCUACCGCCUCUUUCGGAGCCCUUACCGCGUCCGAUAGCAACCAAAGUGACGCUCAAGGAAGUGGAAAUCAACCAGGAAACUGAUUACGAACCUCAGGAAUUGCCGGCUACGGUGGCUAUCAAAAAGAGCCGACUCAAUUUGCUUCAAGCAUUGAACAAGGCCAAAAACAGCAGCCUCACUAUGAACCAGCCGGCUGAGACUUCGAAACCUACUGCCAUGGUUUUUACUCGUCAGAAUAAAGCCAUCACAAAGACCAAGAGUGAUCCACUGCCAAGCAAGCGUCCUUCCACCGGCGGAUCUUCUGAUUCUUCUCCAAACUCGCGGUCUUCCACUCCAGUUUCGGGUAAGGCUUCCGACGAUUCCGUCGAUCGUGCUCUUUACCCAAUCGAAGAGCACAUCGAACCGCAACCAGGCGACAUAUUCGAGCUAGAACAGUGUGUAUUUUUGAAAUUUUUCGGCCUCCUAACGCUGGAGGAAAGUAAGGCACUUGCCACCCGUAAGACGGAACGCAAACGUCGCAGCUGUAAUAGUACGGAGCGGAAGGAUUUUCACUACGGAAAAAUCGACUAUUACGAGCAGCACAUGCACCACAUUACCCGUCGGAGAAAUAAACGUCCGAUUCUGUAUUCACCACCGGCCACCCGUAAUGUUAAGAAACGAAAGCAUUUUGAUCUGCUAGCCUCGAGCACCGGUGCGGGCACUGUUCGUUCCGGUUCUGGAUCGUCAGGUUCAUCGUCGGCUUCCUCGACAACGGCAGCAUCGUCGACGACACGAACCGGUGAUGGUUCUAAACUCGUGUUGAGCGAACUAGAAAAUAAAACCUGCAUUGUCUGUAACAAAUCAGGUUCUUCGGACACACUCAGUGCUUGCGUGUACUGCUGUAACAUUUAUCAUCUGUGCUGCCACAGCAACAGCAUUUUUAAUCCUCAACUGCUACGUCAAAAGGACAAUAUUUGUCCGGUAUGUCUACAGAAGAAGCAACAGGCGGCGGUCGCCCUACAGGCUCAGCAGCGGGACCAAGUACUACGCAAGCGUCUAUUACGACGCAAUGCUCUGCAGAAGGCACGCCACGAACAGCUCCAGCAGAAGAAGCAAACCAUGGAAGAACUGUACGUUUCGAAACAGGUGACCCGCCAACGGCUGCAGGACCAGGAACGGCAAACACUGAACCAGAUUGCCAAUUUACUGAACUGCGUAAGUUCCUUACGGCAUAAACAGUAAGAGAAGACAUGAUUCCAUGGACCUCAAGUACAACACUACGGCAACGAUCUUCCAACGACAUUUUAUUGCACAUUUAUUUUCGUUCUACAUUUAUAUAUAUCAUUAUUUUCAUAUUUAUUCGUUAUGUUCGAACGUCAUUUUAUACAGCGCACCAAUUUCGGUUUGCGGAAUCACCUGAUUAUUGCUGUAAUUAUGAGAUAAGGCUUUUUCUUAUUGAAAUUUCAAAUGUAUAAUUAUGUCAC